AUGAUUAUGAAUCAAUUCAAUUCAAUUUGUAAUGUUAUAAAUCAAUGUAAAAAAACAAUAUUAAAAAUAGAACAGGACUUUAUUAGUGCACCCAAUGGUAUAAUUAAUGUAAAUGAAAAUUCAGAUUCACCAUUUUUAAAGGGAUAUCACCAAUCACCAACCAAAUUACCUUAUAAUGCAUAUAAAGAUACAUUAAAUAAUACACUUUCACCAAUAUUAACAAAUCUAAAUUCACCAGUUUUAAAUGGCUCAAAUUGCACAAAUAAUAAUACUAGCGGAGCAACACCAACCAAUGGUCUAUCGGUCAAAUUAAAUAUAAAUAAUAAUAAAAAAUCACAAAUUUAUAUAUUGGUAAAUAUUGCUUUGGGCAAUAUUAAUAACUGCCAUGAUUGUAUUAUAGUUUUAGGACCAUGCGUUGGUUUAAUAGAGAUCAGUAAUUGCUCUAAAGUAACUUUAAUUUCGAUUACAAAAGGAAUUAAAAUAAAGUCAUCAAAUAAUAUAUCAUUAUUCAUAUGUUCAAAUGAAAAACCAAUAAUAUCUUCAGAUUGUCACAACAUCAAAUUAGCACCCUAUAACACACACUAUCCAAACUUAGAUACUCAAAUAGCCACAUCAAAACUAUUGGUCGAUUUGGAAAAUAAUCAAUGGAACAAUCCAUCAAUAUUUAAAUUAUUUUCACCAUUAAACUCACCAUUAUUACAAUCCAACUCACCAACCACAACUACAACCACAACUACCACAACCAGUGACCUUCUUCAAAUUCCUCCAAAUAAUUUACUCAAUGUAGAUGACACUAAUAAUAUUCACGAAGAAACAACCGAGAUUUACUCGAUUUUAGAUCCAGAGGAAUUUUUCCCAUUUGUUGUACCAUUUUUAAUUAAAGGAAAAACCAAAUCAAAUCCAUGUGAAUUACCAAAUGAGUAUAGUACAUGUUUAGCAAAUAAAUCAAACUCAGUUCAUGCAUUACACAAAUUAAUAGCUCAAACUACAAACGAUCCAAAAACUAAAGCAACUUUACUACAUUUAAUCGAAUCUAAAUUUCAAGAUUGGUUGGUCGAAACAGAUAAUAUAAGACAAAUAAAUGAUUUAAUCAAUAUGAAAAGAUAAAUUUUUUAUUUUUUACUUUUUUUUUUUUAUUAUCAGAAUAUUAAAAUAAAAUAAAAUUAAAUAAUUUAAAAUUUUUGUAAAUU